UGGACCAUGGAUGAUGGGACUUGCAGUACCUUCACUCACUUACUGAGACCACUGCGACCCACACCAACGACUGAUCCAGACCAAACUUGGCACACAGCCGCAAUUCUAAGGUGCACUCCAAUCUUGGAGAUCUUUACCCAAGGGAGGAAUGGGAGACAUAGAUUGUGCUGGUCCGGAACAAUGUGGCGACAUGUGCGCAAAGGGCAGAGGGGUCAGUCUUUGCCCACUGUACUUUGCCUAGCUGUUGAUGGUCACUGUCUUGGGAAUGAGUCCCUUCCCCUCCUCCUUUCCUCCUUCAGCACUGUCUGUUCCUGCCAGUCCAGGGCAAGACGAUGCCUCCUGGGUAAGUAAACACGAGGGGCGGGUGGUGGACGGAGGGAGGCAGGGCCGUGCCUUUGUCCUGCCUCUGAACUUUCCCCCACAUUCGGGUUGUCCCUCCCCUUCUGUGGCUCGAGAGGAGGCGCAUAAAUAGUGCCAGGCGCUGGGUUUCAUUCAGGCGAGAGGCAGAGGAGGAGAAGGGCACCCUUGAGGCAGGACCCCCAUUAUGGACCCCUCUUCUUCUUCCUCCUCCUCCCACCACGUCUCCCCUCCGGUGGACUUUGUGCUGGGGGCCACGGCCUGCUGUCUGGCCUGCGUCUUCACCAACCCACUGGAAGUGGUCAAGACACGGCUGCAACUGCAGGGCGAGCUGCGGGCAAGAGGCAGCUACCCACGCCACUACCGAGGGGUCUUGCAGGCCCUGGUGGCCGUGGGACGGGCCGAUGGGCUACGCGGGCUACAGAAGGGCCUGGCGGCUGGGCUUCUCUACCAGGGACUCAUGAACGGCGUGCGCUUCUCUUGCUUCUCCCACGCAGAGGCCCACGGGUGGACGCAGCACCGCGGCGGAACCGUGGCAGCCGGAGCCGUGGCCGGAGCAUUGGGUGCCUUCCUGGCGAGCCCUGCUUACCUGGUCAAGACUCACCUGCAGGCCCAGACCAUCGCUGCCGUGGCCGUGGGGCACCAGCACAACCACCAGAGCGUCUCGGGGGCCUUUGAGACCAUCUACCGGAAGCAGGGUCUGCUGGGCCUUUGGCGUGGGGUGAACGGCGCCGUGCCACGUGUAAUGGUGGGCUCUGCGGUCCAACUGGCCACAUUUGCUUCGGCCAAGGAGUUUGUCCGCAAGCGCAAGUGGUUCCGGGAAGGCAGCUGGAUGGUGGCACUGGCCGGGGGCAUGAUCAGCAGUGUGGCCGUGGCCGGGGCCAUGACACCCUUCGACGUGGUCAGCACCAGGCUCUACAACCAGCCUGUGGAUGAAGCAGGGCUGGGCAAACACUACCGGGGCUUCUGGGACUGCUUUGUGCAGGUCUGCGGGAAGGAGGGCCCCUGGGCGCUCUACAAAGGCCUGGGCCCGGCCUACCUCCGCCUGGGGCCCCACACCAUCCUCAGCCUCCUCUUCUGGGACGAGCUGCGCAAGGUCACCUGCCGGCACCUCCACGGCACCUGAGGAGCGCCCACAACGCACCUGCGGAGCAACACACUCCCCUCUCGGCCUGAGGCGACCCCUGGCCCGGUCAGUGGUCAAGGCCAGACCAAGCAAAUUUGAGAUGACCUCUGGCCCGGUCAGCGGUCAAGGCCGGACCAACCAUGUCGGAAUGCUUGCGGAGAGGCCUCAGCGACAGCAAAUUCCCUUCUGCAAGGCUUUCCUUCCAGCUCCAAAAGACACACAGACACAGACACAGACACACACUCCAUUGGAUCAUGGGCAUUAUAGUUCAACAGACCAAAUUAAUACUACUACUAUAGCUGCAGAUGGGGGCAAAAUGUCAGGAGAAAAUGCUGCUAGGACACGCUGGCCGUACCUUGUGUCAGCAACAAGGGUUUCAGGUGUCUACUACUACUACUACUAUUAUUAUUAUUAUAGCUGCAGAUGGGGGUGAAACAUCAGGAGAAAAUGCUACUAGGAAACGCAGGACAUACCUUGCAUCAGCAAUAAGGGUUUCAGGUGUCUACUACUACUACUACUAUUAUUAUUAUUUCAGCUGCAGAUAGGGGUGAAAAGUCAGGAGAAAGUGCUGCUAGGACACACUGGCCGUACCUUGUGUCAGCAAUAAGGGUUUCAGGUGUCUACUACUACUACUACUAUUAUUAUUAUUGCAGCUGCAGGUGGGGGCGAAAAGUCAGGAGAAAAUGCCACUAGGACAUGCUUGCCGUACCUUGCAUCAGCAAUAAGGGUUUCAGGUGUCUACUACUACUACUACUACUACUAUUAUUAUCAUUAUUAUUAUAGCUGCAGAUGGGGCGAAACAUCAGGAGAAAAUGCUACUGGGCCGUACCUUGUGUCAGCAAUAAGGGUUUCAGGUGUCUACUACUACUACUACUAUUAUUAUUAUUGCAGCUGCAGAUGGGAGUGAAAAGUCAGGAGAAAGUGCUGCUAGGACACGCUGGCCAUACCUUGCGUCAGCAACAAGGGUUUCAGGUGUCUACUACUACUAUUAUUAUUAUAGCUGCAGAUGGGAGUGAAACGUCAGGAGAAAGUGCUGCUAGGACACGCUGGCCGUCCCUUGCGUCAGCAACAAGGGUUUCAGGUGUCUUCCUCUUGGAUCGCUAUACAAAGGGCAGGCUUAGCAAACAAUGCACAGUAUCCUGACAUUGACUACAUUACCCAUUGCACAUCAGGGUUGCGAGUCGACCAUCCCAACUACGCUUGGCAUGAUUUGGAAUCGCAGCCCAGCGAAGGCAAUACUUAAAGAAAAUUGCGCAUAAUCAUUUUUCAAAAAAAUUGACCGGAGAGUCCUUCUCAAAUCAAUCCAGUGACUAUUAUUAUUGUCUGAAGGAGCCAUUAGCCACAGAUGGGGGUGAAAUGUCAGGAGAAAAUGCUGCUAGAAACAUCAUGACGACAUGCCAGUGAUUCUGGCCACGAAAACAAUGGACGAUACGAAAAUAAAUAAUCACAUCCGACGAAUAGGACUGUAGCUAAG